UGUAUGUGAGAAAAUAUUAAAAUCGAGACAAAACCAAGUAUUUAUGCCCAGAAAACUAAUUAAAUUUUAUGAAAAACAUCCCAAAUUGAAUUUUGUGGAGUACUGUGAGUUCGUGCGGUGAAAUUGUGUGACGUUGCGAACGUUUUGUGGUUGCAUUUGCAACUUUUAGCAUUUUUCUGGGUUUUGGACGACGAAGUAGGCAGACAAAAACGACAGUGACUACCAAAACGGACGGACGUAAAAAUGGCGACGAGAAGUACCAGUCGCAUACAACAAUCGAAAAAUAUAACUUCGAUAUUCUCCAAGCUCCAGGCCUCCUUCUCGGAGGCUUGUGGCCCCCAACGCUUGUCCACGGACAAGAAGACCCUGGAGAAGACAUGGAAAUUAAUGGAUAAAGUAGUGAAAUUGUGCCAACAACCCAAAAUGAAUCUAAAGAACAGUCCCCCCUUCAUAUUGGACAUCCUGCCGGAUACGUAUCAGCGUCUGCGUUUGAUCUACUCCAAAAACGAGGACCAGAUGCAUGUGCUGCACAACAACGAGCACUUCAAUGUGUUCAUCAACAAUCUGAUGAGAAAAUGCAAGCAGGCCAUUAAAUUAUUUAAGGAGGGCAAAGAGAAAAUGUUCGACGAGAACUCUCACUAUCGCCGUAAUCUGACCAAACUGAGUCUGGUCUUUUCACAUAUGUUGAGCGAAUUGAAGGCUAUCUUUCCAAACGGAGUUUUUGCUGGUGAUCAAUUUCGAAUUACAAAAGCUGAUGCAGCGGAUUUUUGGAAAUCAAAUUUUGGCAAUAGUACUCUGGUGCCUUGGAAAAUUUUUCGUCAGGAAUUGAAUAAAGUACAUCCCAUAUCGUCUGGCUUAGAAGCAAUGGCCUUGAAAACCACCAUCGACCUAACAUGCAAUGAUUAUAUAUCAAAUUUUGAAUUUGAUGUCUUCUCAAGGCUCUUCCAGCCUUGGGCCACCCUGCUAAGAAAUUGGCAAAUUUUAGCAGUUACCCAUCCCGGCUAUGUGGCUUUUCUAACAUACGAUGAAGUCAAAGCUCGCCUACAACGUUACAUACACAAGGCCGGAAGUUAUGUUUUUAGAUUAUCAUGCACACGAUUAGGCCAGUGGGCCAUUGGUUAUGUUACUGCUGACGGUGAAAUCCUACAAACUAUACCACAAAACAAAUCUCUUUGUCAAGCGUUACUGGAUGGCCAUAGGCAAGGAUUCUAUUUGUAUCCGGACGGCCAAGCUUACAAUCCAGAUCUGUCUUCAGCUGUACAGAGUCCAACUGAAGACCAUAUAACAGUUACCCAGGAGCAAUAUGAACUCUACUGUGAAAUGGGAAGUACUUUUCAACUAUGCAAAAUAUGCGCAGAAAACGACAAAGACAUACGAAUUGAACCAUGUGGUCAUCUUUUGUGUACCCCAUGUCUGACAUCUUGGCAGGUGGAUUCCGAAGGACAGGGCUGUCCUUUCUGUCGUGCUGAAAUCAAAGGUACUGAGCAAAUUGUGGUCGAUGCCUUCGAUCCACGGAAGCAGCAUAAUCGUAGCACUACUAAUGGGCGCCAUCAAACUAACGACGAUGACGACACUGAGGAUACUGGAGAUUUUAAUAUAGCGACUUCAUCUUUACAUGCUCUAAGCAACAAUAUGACCUCAUCAACACAUUCCUCGGACAAACAUAGUCCACAUACAUCACCAAGGUUCUCGAGGCGUAGCACUACACCCAGUUUAAUGGCAGUUCAAAACGAUUUGUAUGCUGGACACAUACCCACAUUGUCCUUGGCCAGCCAGCAGCAGCAGGUGGCCACAGCUAAUUACAUAAGUGCGGCCACCGUAAUAACAGGUGGUGGUGGAGGCCAUCAGCCAGCCCCACCCUCGGCACCUCCCAUGAAUGUCAUCAAUGGCAAUGGCGCCCAACAGAUAGGCUCAGCAGCAGCUCCUUCAUCAUCAUCCUCAUCGGCAUCUGGGGUGGCCCCAUCAAAUGUUGUAACCUCACAGAAAUCAACGAAUCGCAUGAGUGCCCCCUUAAUAGGCACCAACUCGGUUAUUGUGGGGGGUAAUUAUGGCCAUAAGAUAGCUGGAAAAACGGACAACAAUGACAAUUCCAAUUCCUCUUAUGCCAUACUACAAAGUCUGCAAGAAUCUCAAAGCGCAGUCAGCAAAGAAACCCAGAAAAGGGAAGUCAACAAUGCCGGCUCGACUUCUUCGUCUUCGGCAACAACGUCAACCGGGGCCCCACCUUUGCCCCCCAGAAAAUCAUCGCCUGGGGCCGAGAACACCAUCACCAGCCCCACAAAUGGUCAUGUGAAUGGCAACGCUUCGGGGGUAGUGCAAAAAAUGACUCUACCACAGACUAGCAAAAGUGUGGACAACAUUGCAGCCUCCUUGGGCGAUAUAGUAUGUGUGCCAAAGACCACAGCCCCUCCCAUACCGCCGCAUAAUUCCAACCUCGCCCAUGUCGAUACAUUGGCCGACGAUUUAAGAACACAGCGCAUUGGCAAUGUGGCAACGGUGAUAACUUCCAGCACUGCGUCAAGUGGCACCCUAUUGGAUGAUGAUAUCGUAGGACCAGCCGAAACUAUUAUGGGCGUCAUAGAUACCAGACCUUUGGAGGCACGAUCGGCUGCCAGCUCAAACUACACUCAGCUAUGCACCACCACCAGUACCAGCACCUCGGCAGCCAUCUCUUCCAAUUGCAAUUUACGAAAUGACCUUAAAGCCACUGGCAACAACGAGCGCUCCAAUGCCGCCGAAACGCCGAAAACUGCGAUUACACAGAAGCAGCUGCAGCAACAGCAGUCGCACUCGCAUUCAGCGCAUCAUCAAUCCACUUCGCAGCAGCCUUUACUUUAUGAAAAUAUCUCCAUCAGCCAAAAGGUCGAUUGCACUGUACCCUAUGAGAAUAUAAAUUUGGAAUACAUAGCCCGCCUCAUGAACGAGGGCUAUUCGAAGGAGAAUGCAAUUACCGCCUUGGGUAUAUCACGGAAUAAUAUUGAAAUGGCUUGUGAUAUUCUACGAGAAUUUGUUGCAAAAAAUAGUGUUUAAGGACAUAUGCAAGAUUGAAAGUAGAAUAAAAAAUACACACAUACACAAACACACUCACACAUACAAUGGCAACGUAUAUAUACAUAAAUAUAUAUACAUAAAAAAAAAGAAAAUUAUAUUAAUUGCUAAAAAUUAAAAAAAAAAAAACGACAAAGAAAUCUUACAUCUUCCCUUCUCCACCUAAAAGAAAACCCCAGCCCUUUUUGAUCCAUUGCAUUUUAUAAAAAAAUCUCAGAUUAUUAACACACAUGUGAAUGUAUGUAUGUUAUCUUUAUUUAAAAUUGGCCAAAUUGUAACUUCAUCUCAUUAUUAUCUAUAUAUAAAAUUUAUUUAAUGCAUAUACUCUCAAUACACACACACACACAACAGCUACACAUUCACAUACCUUAAUCAUAAAGGCAGAAACAAAUUGAGUCAAAAAUAUCUUAAAUAGACAAAGCUGACAGAUAUUGCAAACCUCCAAGUUUAAAGAGAAAACUAGCAAAAAAAUUUCUCUUUGUGCUGUGUACAGCAACAACGUAUGUGUUCUAGACAACGUAUGCUGAGGAUUCAAUCACUAAUCAAUCAGUAAUUCAAUCAAAACUAAUGUAUGCAUCAUGGCGAAACAAUAGUCGGUGGUCUUAUAUGUACAAGAACCACAAAUCAUGUGGUGCCAUCUGCCGUAGUGACAUCGUCAUCAAGAUCUCAUUUCAAAAAUUACGUUGUUCUCAACACAACCAAGGAAACUUGCGCUCGUGUGUGUACGUACGUGUGCAGGUAAAAUGAGAGAAAGAGAAUGUGCAAAAAAUAUGGUGGUUUUCUGUGAGUAUAAACACAGAAUUGACAUCUUAAUACCGUCAAACUGGCCGGCUAUUUUCAGUUGCUAGGGUGAGACCAUGACAUAACUAUCAGAUAGUGUGCCGUAAACAGCCGAGCACAAUUUUUUCUCGCGGAGUGCUCUAUCUGUUCUGUGUGUAUUAUAGUUAGAACCAAGGCGGAUUUAAAAAGGUGGUCUCACGCGAACCACUGUUAACAGCCGGCCACGUUUGACGGUAUUAAGAUGGAAGAUUUUUGUUUGCAUUUUCUUUGUUGUUAUCCUCUUUCUCGCUUAUUCUCUGUACGCUCACGUAUACGCACACACAUUUCUUAGCUUGAUGACAAGAUGGCGGAUUGCACCAUAUGAUUGGUUGUUGUUGUAUAAAUGAGACCAUCUUUAAUUGUUUCGCCUGUCAGAUAUUUUCAUUUACAGGAAGUGGCAGUUGCCCAACAACAAAAUAUUGAGUGCACUACCUGUCAAAUUCAGUGAUUGGUGCAACUCUGAUUUCGUUUAUGUUACUGGUUCGCGCCAUUUUUCGUUGUUUAAGUGUGUUCAAGGCGGAUUUAAAAAGGUGGUCUCACGCGAACAGCUGUUAGCAGCCGGCCAGCUACGACGGUAUUAAGAUAACAGAUUUUUGUUUGAAUUCUCUUUGUUGUUAUCUUCUUUCUCGCAUAUUCUCUGCAAAGAGCGUAAGAAAGAAUAAGAGCUGGCGUUAGAGUCCAAUACAGGAUGACGAGUGACAAAUUUUAAAGACACAACAUGUUUGAACUGCUUCCGAUAUUUCGUUUUACCUUUAUUCCAACUUUCGGUUGCAAAGAAACAAAGCAAAAUACGAAAAAUGUUCGAACGAAUGUCCGAAUCAAAAGAGAAUAUCCCGAAAAUGUUGCAACCCUCAAUGUGAUUCCAAUUGGAAUACAUGGAAAAUGUUGUGUCUUUAACGCGAGUUAUUUUACGGUACGGGGAAGACAAAGCAGAAAUCAUAUCUUCUAUUUCUUACGCUCUUUGAUUCUCUGCUCAUGUACAAACACGUAUACACACACGCACACAAAUUUCUUUAUGUGUUGGCAAAACGUCGAUCAGCAUGAUGGCAAGAUGGCGGAUUGCACACAAAUUUCUUUAUGUGUUGGCAAAAUGUCGAUCAGCAUGAUGGCAAGAUGGCGGAUUGCAUCUUAUGAUUUGUGGUUGUUGUACAAAUGAGACAACUUUUAAUUGUUUCGCCAUGAAGUGUAUUAUGGUUCUUAACUAUAGGUCUGUUCGGGCAUUUGCAGUAGAGUAUGAGCCACUUUAUUCUCUUUAAAAAAUUUGUAAACAAAAGUACGCGAUCUCCGUGCCGCUGGACGGCCAUCACAAAUUACCGUGCAGUCCCAUGGCAGCCGGUUGUACGUACCGCAUUGGCCCGAUGGAGUCUUUCAGUGUACAACACACUGCUACAACAACAAUCGAGCAUCAUCCGUGGCGCCAAGUCACGCAAAGCGAUGCAAAGCUGCAAAUUUCUGCUGGAAAAAAAGUCCCAGUAGAAAAAUUUGCUUGUUCUCUAUUUUCUAAUUGUCAAAAUUUGCUCUCGCGCCCUCUUCUGCUGGCAAAUAAAGUACGCGAACGACUUCCAGUAAAAAUGUGUACAAAUUUGUAAGUUCCCGAACACAGCUUAUAAUACACGCAUACAACAAAAACUCGUUGGCAAAAAGUGCACUUCGCGACAAAAAAUUGUACUAAGCUGUUUACGGUACACUACCUGGUAAUUAUGUCGUGUUGUUCGGUGCUUUACAUGCUACACCCUUAAAGUAAGGCUAAGUUUCAGUCUUCACAUUAAAUUGCUGAACUUAGUGAGACUGUUUUUUUUUAUCCCAUUCUCUUUUAUUGUAAAGGGGACAUAUCUGACAGCAUUGUUUAUUUAAAGCCUAGUUUACAUUUUCAUAAAUCACCUAUAAAGUCCACCAUAUUAUUUUUAAGCAUAAACAAGAAAACAAAAAUCAUAAAAUCUCCCUUCCUUCCCACAUCCAAAUACUACACUCCAUGAUAAAUUAAUAAAAAACAGAAAAGCAAUCAAUUUGUAUUUACUUACAAAGUAA